AUGACAUCCGGCGCUUCAUCAUCGAUCUCGGUGCCGAAAGCCGGGAAAAUUACAAUUCCGAUUUGGCAAAAAUCAAGCAGCUGCACCGAAAACUCAGCCGCGAACAGGCAAGGGGCGUUGAUCUGCAAAAAUUCGACUGUUAUCGAGGGCAAAAGCACAGCCAUGGGCGCCGUCGUCAAGUGCUUCUUGCUGUUCGCAAAGUCAGUGCUCGUCACCUCGCACACGUCGUCGUCGACAAUUUUCGCGGAUUUGCCCGAGGACAUCCCCGCCGAUGACAUGCUCCGGAUUGGGAACCCGAAGUCGGUGAAGGAGGAGAAGCUGAAAUCGAUCAUCACCGAGCGCUACGAGGCGAUGAAGAAGACGCUCACUUCCGUGGUGCGAUUGGGAAAGUUGUCGGGGCAACGUGUCUAUAGUGUGCCGCCUCCGCUCUUCUCUUUCCGGAAUUUUGACGUCUGCCUGGUGGAUGAAGCCUCCCUAGCCGUCGAAUCGUCAUUGUUGGCACCGCUUUCUGCGUGCUCCCGCUUCGUGCUUGCCGGCGACGCCCCAAGCAGCUCGCCCCCUUGGUGCAAAGCCGCGAGGCAAAGGAGCUCGGCAUGGACGUCUCCCUCUUCGAGCGGCUGCAGGUGCACAAGGAGGCCCAGGCAAGCCUCACACCGCAUUGCCGCGCUUGCCUCCAAACUGUUCUACGACGGCUUGCUGAAAUGCGCGACCGACGGGGUGGCCGAUGGUCGUCUACAGUUCCGGAAAAUCUUGGAAGUGGUGAGGAAC